CUCCACCACCACUGCAUCGCAUUCUCCAAACAAACCACCAUACCUUUCUCACUCACCUUCUCGACAACCAAUUCCUUUCUUGCAACACUGACACCCUCCCGAGUCAACAAACCUCAAAUCCCCACCCCCAACAAACCUCACCUCAAAUCCAGAACAGAACCCACCCCAAGAACCAAAAAUGACUCCACCCCGCACCAAAUCCACAUGCACCACCCGCGCCUCGCCGACUACUUCGAAGACUUCACGCGCCCGCACACGCACACCGCCUCCGCCGGCGCCGCAGCCUCCUCCAGCGCCCUCCUCCUCGCGUCGUCCUCCUCCACCACCAACCUCGCCUCAAGCACGUACUCCCUCGCCGCGGCGGCUGCUGCUGCUGCUGCCGCCGCCGCCAACAACGCCAAUGUCCCGCCCGGCACGAGCCCCUCGUAUCUCCCGGUGGAGGAGAUCUACGUGGCGCCGCAGUUCCAGCCGCCGAAUCCGGAGGACGAGGACGAUGUUGUGCCCGAUCAGCAUGCGGCGUUUGGAAUCAGUCGGGCUAUGAUUGGGGGGGCUCGGGGGGCUGGGGGGGUAGGCGGACUUGGUGGGGGAAAUGGGAAUGGGGCGGGGUGGAGGGAUUUGGGGCUCGAGGGGUUGGUUUCGGGGUCGGGGCAGUAUCCUGCGGGUUUGGGGGGUUCGGGGGGAGUUUCUGGGGGUGCUGGGGGAGUGAGGGUGAGAGUUAGGGAGGAGGGGAGGAGGAUGGGGGCACGGAGGAGGGUUGUUUGUCUGCGGUGA